UUGUAUCCGCAUGUCUAGGAAUCAGGCGAGGAACUACAAUUACAGUGUUGACGGAACGGGCCUCUCGAAACAAGGGAAUAGCAAAUAUAUUUUAAAGCGACAUCAGAUCUCACAUAUUUGAGGAAGCCAUUGCAAGAUUAAGGCUUCUAGCCUCCCUGCCUGGCCCCCUUCCCCUCAGUCUCACCCUUCCACCACCCUCCAGCUCCCCUUUCCCUCAUGCUCUGGAUGAAGCAGUUCCACUGCCAGCCCGAUGACUGCCUGGAUCGUUCUGCCUGUCAGCCUGUCUGCCUUCUCCAUCACUGGAAUAUGGAUAGUCUAUGCUAUGGCUGUCAUGAACCACCAUGUUUGCCCAGUGGAAAACUGGUCCUACAACGUCACUUGUGUAGAGGAACCCUCCAAACCAGGCUUUCCAAAGACAUGCUGCACCAUUCAGGAUAUCCCCCUCAUCAGUAAAUGUGGGUCCUUCCCUCCUGAAAGUUGCCUAUUCAGUCUGAUUGGUAACGUGGGAGCGUUCAUGGUGGCGAUGGUGUGCCUUUUGCGCUAUGCUCAGGUGAUAGAGCACGGCCACAGCUGCUGGAUAAACACUGGUGGCUUUGUCGCGGGAUUUGGCAACGCUGUUGGCUUAGUCAUGGUGGGGAACUUCCAGGUUGACCAUGCUAAGACCCUCCACUAUGUGGGGGCUGGCGUGGCGUUCCCUGCAGGGAUGGUGUUCGUGUGCCUCCAGUGCCUGCUCACCUACCGGGUGGCCCUCACUGCCCUGGACUACUGGAUGGCAUAUGUACGAGCUGGCCUGACUGUGGGCGCGCUGAUUUCACUCAUCCUCAGCGGUGCUUUCUUCAUCCACGAGAGCUUUAUUCUGCAGCACGCGGCGGCCAUCUGCGAGUGGGUCUUCACCGUGAUCAUCCUGGUCUUCUAUGGCACCUUCACCUACGAGUUCGGCACCGUCACCAGCGAGACCAUGAUGGCCGGCCUACAGCGUGGCUGCCACCAGAGCUCGAGCAUGAUCCUCGGCGGGAGCGAGAGGUUGGGAAGCCUAGGGGGGGGCGCCAAGGGCCUGAAGUCCCCCGGCGGGAGCAGCACUUCCACCCAUCUGAACUGCACACCAGAAAGCAUCGCCAUGUUAUAGUUCUCCCACCCACCCACCCUGGCUGUGUGUCCUGUGGAACAUAUGCUGCUCCUGUGAAGGUGCCUCUGGUGCUGUGUGGAUGAAGUGGACCUGGAAAGAGAAAGAGAGGGAAGAAGACAGGCAGGAGGAAAGAUGAUUGCUGCACAGGGAUAGAGGGAUGUCUGAUUGCUGUGUCCGAGUGUGUGUGUGUGUGUGUGUGUGUGUAUGUGUGUGCGUGUGCGUGCCUAUGUGUGUUGUUUUAAGCCGUCCUGGUGUCCCUCAAUCUCAAGCUCUUUAGAAAGUGCUAUUGAGAAGAAUGUUGUGCGAUUGCCAGAAAUAUGCGAUUGCAAUGCAUUGAUGCAAGUGCGAUUGCCAGAAAUGUUCACAAUGCUAGAUGUUUCACACAUGAUUGCUGUAUGUUUGCCUCAGAUGUGAGGUGAAAUGAGACUUGAGGGUCUGUCUUGGUCACAUUUGGAAGACCCCUAGUUGGAUGUGGUAGGAGUUUGUCAGGUCUCAGUGGUUCAGGAUGCUGGCAGUCCUUUCACACUUUGGCAAAGCUGAUUAAUUUUGCACACAACAAAAUGAAUUUCGAGUUUUCCUUUUAGAAUAUUCUUGUUGUGAUCAAUGUAGAGUGUGAUGAUUUAUUGAAUGCCUCUAAUUUUGUAAUAGAGGAGGAAUUAUUGGAUGAUAAAAGAAACUUUUUUGGCAUAAGAUGAAUACAGGCAUCAGCUGAGGCAUUAUUUUUCUCCACUUCAUACAUAUAGAUAAGUAUUGCUCUCGUUCAUUGUAAAAAAACCUCUUCCUUAUGUUGGCAAUUGAAUGGUUCUUUUCAACAUGAUAACAUGUAAGUACUGUAGGUCACAAAACCUUCUCAUACUCAAAACAAGUGCCGUUGUCUGAGAUUAACAGUGACAUCAACAAGCUUGUGAAACUGCAGCUGUUUUCCUAUCACUGUGGUUGAUAUGAUUGGAUACAACAAUUCAAUGUAUUUUCUGAGUUCCGAGUUCUGUUUGAAUCAUCAUCAUUUAUAGAGUGGGCAUAUUCCAUAUGAGUUUUGCUGGUAUCAUUUCUAUAUUGAUAUCGAGCUGCCAUGUUGUAUUCCUGCCUGCUUGUGUUAGCAAGGACAGCACAGUGGUGCUGUUACUGUUGAGGGAUACAAAGGAAAAUGUGACUGCAUUUGCUUCACUGGUUCAUGUAGCAGAAUGCAUAGCCAACACAUGGCAAAUGUCAACUGGAAAUGCCACAUUGAAAUGUCCACAUUGAAACUUUCGAUGUCUGUGCUGAUUGUUUUGGUGCCUAGGCUGGUUCCUGGGAAGCCUUAUUUUAAACUACUUUUUGAAGGUGCCAUUUAUGCUCAGAUGACCUCAGUGUCCAGUGAGACUCUGUUCAUGAGAAUCUGUUGUUACUAACUGUGUCAGAUACAACGAUACACCAACCACGACAAUGAUCAGUUUAGCCAUGCUACAGAUUCACCUCAGGUCCUGUCUGCUUUGUCCUCAAAGCCAUAUCAUUUUGCUUCGAUGGUGGCGUCCCCUGGUGGGCACUGGUGUGAACUACAACUCUGCCAUCCAUAUUGCUACACUUGCUUUUACCAAAUGCCAUUCACCACAAUGACCAGAAUCUCUCUGAUGCUGAGGUCCUUGAUUGAGCCAGAGCUCCAGUGAGUACAACCUUCAUCUGCAGCAACAUGUUGAUUAUCUUCUCUUGUGUACAAUCACUGGAUGGCUGAGAAACCAUCCCAGAAGCAUUUAAACUUACUUUUACAUUAGCUACCUCUGAUUGCUGGCUAACUUGCUUUUGAAGGAGGGAUAUGUUACCCCAGUGUACAAAAAGAAAGACCCGGGUUGUCAUGUAUAGUUAAUGAAUUUGUUUUUGUUCACGCUGGCUGUAAGAGAUGAUUGAAUAUGGCCAGGUGGUCUGGUGUGUGUAAGGGAUUUGAGCUGUGGCUAGAGGGAUAACCUUGUUUGAGACAUUUUUACAAUGUUAUUUACCAGCAGAAAAUGUCAACAUUAAAAUCAAUUUAACAGAGGAAAGACCUAUGUGACCACCACAAAUCACCUCCAGGUUGCAAUACAAGUGUCAAAUAUGUUUUGUUUUUAUCAUGUAUUUUUGACAUCUCAGUGCUCAUCUCCCUCUACGUUUUUUGUGUAAAUAUUUUAAUAUAGGUUCAUGCAAAUAUAUUCUCUGUGUGCUGUUCACCUCAGUUCUUAAGAAGCAUAUAUAGAUUAUUCAUAUGCCUUAUCUGUUUUUGUGUCGGAGUAAUGUAAAUACUGCACUACAAGAUCAUUAGAUACUGCAUUGUAUUUGUAUACAUGUAUGUGUCAGGGGUGCUUAAAUUACUUUAAAAUGAUUUCAAAAGGCUUUUUGAUUGUAAUACACUCCCUAUGGUUGUUUUAUAAGGUCUUUCAUACUUAUAAGGACUUUUCACUGUAAGUUUGAUCUCCUUGCAGAAUAAGGCUAGGGUGACAAUGACUUGCAUUAUAGUUAAAUCUAAUUGUCACCAGUGUCUGAUGAUUCAGUUAAAAUGAGCUUUAUUGGCACGGCUGUGUAGUGUCACAGUUUUGCCAAAGCAUUAAACAGAUUGUCUACAUAAAUAGCAUCAAUGCAGAAUAUAUAUGACCACAUUACAACUAGUAAUGGUGCCCAUGUGAAAUCACCAGGAGCCUCCACUAUGCUAGCUUCCACUUCAGCAUGUCAUGAGCUUAGGGCUUCUUUUAUUGUUCAAAAUCAAUACUCCGUUCCCAAACAUAACGCAUUAAAAGACGGUUCAAACUCGUGUUCCAUAUUUCUGCUGUGGGUUACUGUAAAAUUUCAGCACAAACAUUACGUUCUCAUAGCCCUGAACCCCUUUUUGAUUCUGCAUGAGAAGAUGCAGACAGAAAAAGCUCAUUUCAUAGCCUUGUUUGAGGUCCCACCUUUAUAGGUUCAGUUUUCACCCACAGUAUGGGGUAUGUUAUGAAUGAUUUGGUGAACGUGGUCAUUCUUGGGAAAGAACUAUUAACACCAAAUGCCACCAGCUCUGAGAGCAUUUCUUUUUAAAGGUUGCAUUUCUAUCUGUUCCACUGUUUGUAAGUCUUUCUUAAAAUAUAAAAAGAUAAUGGAAUAUUUUUAUGUGUUAAAUCUGGAUAAUUGAGUGGGUGAAACUAGACUCAACCAAAUGUCAGUAGUAAGAUAACAAUUACUGAAUGUUCUUUUCUUGUAUAAAUGACUGGUUUGUGUUCCUUUCAAUUCUGAUUUCUUUUUGUCAAGAGAUUUAUAUUCAAGCAAGAAAUAAACUGAAUCUGGAAAGUU